GAGCGUCGCCUAUUUGCUACAAGGUUUGAAUGCACAUGUAUUUCUCCACAAUAUAACCUAAAACAAUGCAAGGUUGACAGGUCGGUGUAUGACAAAGGGUUCUACCAGUUCCGGCGGGGCUAGGGCUUUCUAUGACGGUCACGGCCGUUGCCAAUAGUUGUGCAGUCCUUAGCUGCCUCAACUGGGCUGAGACAAAAUAAUGGGGAAUGCUGUCGGUCGCACUGUGCUGUUGAAGGACAGCGCCCAGCUAGAAUGGCACGAAUACAUACAGGAGGAAUGGCGAGCCGACGGAGCGAAGGAAUUGGAUGGCUUGGGAGGACUGAAUCGGGAGCCGGUCCCUCGCGGAGCCAGCUUCAGCAAGAAACUUGCCUUCCUGGAGAUUACCCUGAACAAACAUGGGACAGAGCUGGAGCAAUUCUUCAAACCCCAGGGUGGCGACCCCAACCGGGGCCAGCCGGGGGCACGGAGGCCCAACAAAAUUCCUAUCCCCACGCUCCUGGCUCUCAAGCAAGGCCCGGGUGACCCGCCCGCUGAGUGGCGCGUGCGCGUGCACGCCUCCCGCCGGCGCGUGCUGCUGGUGGUCAAGUGCGUGGUGCUGCUCAUGCGCGGCAAGCUGCGGGUGGCGCCCGUGCCGCGCCUGGACCGCUUCGACUUCGCCAUCUACUCCAGCCUGGGCAGCGAGUGGCUCAAGGUGGCGGAGGAGCAGCAGCGCUACAUGCUGCUGAGGGACCAGGUGGAGGCGGCCACGGUGGCCCUGCAAGAUGCCAUCCAGGCAGCCACGGCGCCGCUGCCGGAGCGGAGCCAGACGAACACACCGCCGGGGUUACCCGGGCGCGGCCCGCUGCCGCUCUUGGGUGGGCUGGGCCCGGCUGGUGGCGCCAGUGGUGUGGGCAGCCGCAACACCUCGGGGCCCAACUCGCCGCAGUGCAAUGCAACUGGUUUGCCGAUGUUGCAAAUGGACGGGCCGCCCGCGGACGCGCAGCCGCAGCCCCAGCCGCCCUGCUCGCCAAAGCCGCUGGUGGCGCCGCGUGCGCCCGCCGGCGGCAUGGCCGUCCUCACUGUGGGCGGCGGCGGCGGUGGUAGCGGCAGCUCUGGAGGCGCGGGGCCGGGCAGUGGGCGUGACGUGUCGCCCAUCGUGAACCGCGGAGCGGCUGCAGCUGCCGCGCAUGCGGGCGCCGGCCCUGGCGGAGUGGGCGCGGCAGGGGGCGGGCGCAAUCACGGCGUGCGCAGCAACCUGGGCGGGCAGGCAGCAAUGCACGCGGGCCGGCAGCAGUCGCAGGCGGUGCAGGCCAUGCUCAGCAGCGGCGCGGCGGCAAACGCGGCGGCUGUGGCGGCGGCAAAUGCCACGGGUAGCCAUCAAGAUGUGACGCCGGUGCGGGUCACGGCCGCUGCGGCGGCCGCGCAAGCCGCCAACGCAGCUGCCGCCAACGCCGCGGGUACCGGCGGGCCCAACUCGCCGCUGGUCACGAGCGUCAGCGUGGACGCGUACGUGUCGGAGGCGGUGUCGGUGGCGGGCGUCAGUGGGCGCAGCUCGUACCUGUCUGCACCGGUGGCGCACCUGGACGGUCUCGGUGCUGCGCCCACCUCGCCUCGGCCGCCGUCACUGGACCUAGGCUUCGCGCCGGCGCCGCCCGGGGCGCCACACUCGCCGGGGGGCGGGGCUGUGGCCGGCACGCCGCCCGGCAAACGGACGUCGGGGCUAUUCAUUCGAGCCCGCAUGCGCCCUGGCCCCCACACGGAGCCGGUCGUGUCGCUGUCCUCGCUGGGCCCGGGGCCAGCAGGCAGCAGCAGUAGCGGCAGCGGCGGCGCGGUGGUUGCGCCCACCACGCCCACGCCCAUCACUGGCGGCGGGGUGGCGAUGCCGCCGGUGCGCACCUCCCUCUUCGGCAACCCGCUGGCGGCGCCCGCCUCGGAGGACCGUCGCCGCAGCACCACCGGCGGCAUUGCGGGGGCGGGCGCUGUGGGCGUGGGCGCGGCUGGCAGCGCGGUCGGGGCGGAGCUGUCGCUGUCCGGCGGCAUCGUGGGCGCGACGGCACCGCCCUCCGGCGCCUCCACCGCCUCCGCCUCCGCCUUCCUGCCGGUGCUGCCCGACUCGCCCAGCGCGGCAUCGCGGCGGGCGGCGGCGCCCUGGGCCUCCGGCAGCACCACCACCUCGCGCAGCAGCCUGCUGCCGGCGGGGUCGGCCAGCCUAGCACUGGCGCUGGCGCAGGGGCAGUCGUCGCCAACGUCGUCCGACCAGCUGCCCAAGCUCACCAGCCGGCCGUCGCUGGCCAAGUCCGCAACAGUCCGCAGCCUGGCCCCCGGCGGCCUCAACUCGGCGCUGGUGGAGAGCCUGUACGCCGCCGACCCCGGCACCUCACUCGCCCGCCGCUCCGCCGGCGCGUUCUCCAUGGACGGUCGGGGCGCCCUCCCAGGCGCCGGCGCCGGCGUGGGCGUGGGCGGCCUGGCGGCAGACGGCGAUCCCGCGGCCGCGGGGUCGGCGAACGGGCCGGGGCGCUACAGCCUGCAGCAGAUCCCCGCCAGCCAGCGCCACAGCAACGCCGGCGGGGGCCGGCGCGCCUCGUACGACGGCGUGGGGGGCGCCACACUCAGCGGUGGCAUGGGCGGUGGCGGCACCGGGGAGGCCACUGCCGGCGGGGGCGGCAUUGGCUCCGGAGUGCUCGCACGGCGCUGUGCAACCUACAAGGCGCUGACGCCGCUGGACGACAUGCUGCUGCGCGCCCGCGGCUCCGUGGACGGCGCCGCCCCGGCAGCGGCGGGCGCGUCCAAUGGUGGCGGCGGCGGCGCUGCAACCGCGAUGUCCACGGGCACGGGCGGGCGGCGUCUGGUGUCCCAGAUCUCCAGUUCAUCUAACGGCGCCGGCGCAGGGCCGCUCAUGCGCUCCGCCCUGAGCGGCCCCAACAUGCUGCAGUCCGGCCUGACCGGCGCCAACGGCAGCGGCGGCGGCGCGUCCUUCAGUUCCGUCGCGAGCGGCGGCAACGGUGGCGCACCUACCGGCUCCGUACGCCCGGUUGCCGUCAGCUCCAUGGGCCUGGCCAGCGGCGGCCUGCGCUCCGGCGGCGGCAGCGGCCGCAACAGCUAUACAAACCUGUCCACCGACGGCGGGCCGCUGCCACCCACGCCCAGCGGCGGCCUGACGCGCGCCACCCACAACGGCAUCAUCACGCCCGUCGGCGCCUCCACCGCCAGCAGCCCCGGCAGCGGCGCCGGCCACAGCCCGCGCCCGCCGCCCGGCCCCAGCGCGGGCGGCAACGCGGUCUUCAAGACGCUUUCCGUCCUCCGCCACGCCGCCAACUGCCAGCCCAUCACCAGCGUCGGCGAAGGCAGCAACGUCAGCGGCGACGGGCCGACAUCGGGCAGCUUUCCUGGGCUCAACCUGGCGGGCGCAGGCGGGGGUGGGAGUGCAGCACAUGGGCCGGUGUACGUGUCAGAGGAGGCGGCGGCGCGCAUCGAGGUGCUGAAGCAGCAGCUGCAGGCGCGGCUUGAGGACCUGCACCGCUGCAGCCAGCUCAUCAGCGUCUUCCUCAACCGCUGCAACGCCGCCUGGGCGGAGGCACAGGCGUGGUCGGCGCCAGCCAUGGUGACGCAGCUGCAGCUGGCAGCGUUCGCGCGCAGCGAGUCGGGCAUGGUGUUCAAGAACGAGCUGGUCCACAUGCUGACCACCGGCACGCUGGCUGUGCACCUGCGCGCCGCUGACGACUUCCUGGAGCCCGGCCUGGCGCGUAGCUGGGGCCAGCAGGCAGCAGACGCCGCAGCAGGCGCAGGCGCAGGCGCAGCAGGAGGCGGCGACGCCUACCCGCCCGGAGGCCGCCCCGCCCAGCUCGGCAGCGGCGGGCCGGGCUCUCCAGGCAGCACGGCGGCGGCGGGCGUGGCGGCUGUAGCAGCUGGCGGCACGCCCAUGCUCAUGAGCUACAGCUCCGGCCGCUGGCCGGGCGUGAACGGCGCCGCCGCCGGCAGCCUCAACGGCGGCUACGGCUACGGUGUGGGGUCCAGCAUCAGCGGCGGCAUCGGCAGCGCGGGGCCGGGGGUACCCGCCAGCGGCCCCGGCGGGGCGGGCUUCCUGGGCGGGCUGGGUCUGAUGCAGCGCAGCCAGGCGCCCGACCUGUGGACGCACGACCCCUGGCGCAUGCUGGAGACGCACAGGCCCGGCAUGGUGUUCAGCGGCGCGCGGCUGGACGCGGUGCCGCUGGGCUGCCGCUACGUGGCCAACCUGGUGCUGGCGGUGGAGGCGGCGGCGGGGCGCGAGGCGGUGGCGCGGCUGCCGCUGGUGCUGGUGGUGAGCGAGGACCAGCAGGACGAGGUGGUGCGGCAGCUGUGGGGCUUCCGCUUCUUCGGCAUCCGGCGCGAGAACGUGGUGGUGGUGGUGCAGCCCAGCCACCCAGGGUACUGCUACGACUCGGAGCACAGGACAUGGAACCAGGGCGACGCCAGCCACAGCCUGCCUCUGGGCAGCGGCUACGGCCUGAUGCAGCUGGCCUGGUCCGGCGAGGCCAUGGGCGUGGGCGAGGACGGCUGCCUGGCGCCGCUGCCGCUGUCGGCGCUGGACUGGAUGGAGGCGCGCGGCGUGCGCUGGCUGGUGAGCCGCCGCGCCCGCGACCUGACGCUGCUGCACAAGGACGGCGUGCUGGACAUGAACAGCCUGGCCUACGGGCUGUACUUCCACACGGACAGGGCCCCCGGCACCAACAUCAUCCUGGAGGCCCAGUCCAGCAACAACCUGCUGCUGUCCCGCGCACUGGACAGCAUCAUCAUGAGCCGCAGGCCCGAGGGCGGCGACGGCCGCGCCGAGACGCCGCCCACCGCCGCCAUGCAGGCGCAGGCGCAGGCGCAGGCGCAGGCCGACCCCGCGGCGCCCAACGCCACAGCCAGCGGCGGCAGUGGGGGCGGGCGUCAGCAGGUGGUGGAGCUGUGCCACACCGACCUGGCCACGCCCGUUAUGCGGGCGGUGCUGGCGGACUGCCAGGCGGCGGGGCGGGUGCUGACUGGCGUGGGGAGGUACAUGCUGCACCUGCCCAGCAUCAAGCAGAUGCUGGCGGGCCGGCUGUCCGUGCUGCGCCCCAAGCUGGGCCUGGUGGACGACCUGCUGCACCUGCGCCUGGAGCUGGCGGACUUUACCUCGGCGCCCGCAGCCUCCUCGCUGCUGCUGCAGGCGCGGCCCGACAGCCCACAGCUGCUGGUGCACGACGACGUGGACGCGCUGCUGCCGCUGCUGCAGGCCCAGGACAACAACACCUCCUUCCGCCAGUUGAUCAUGUCCUGCCGCGACGAGGAGAUGCGGCUGGCGGCCGGCAUGGCGGCCAUGGCGCCGGGGGGCGGGCCGCGCGGGCUGCUGCUGCUGUCGCACCCGGGCGCGCAGCGCAUCGUGGUGUUCGUGGUGUCCAACAGCGUCUCCGCCGCCGCCGUGUCCAUGGCCGCCAGCCUGGCCCGCCCCGGCCGCGACAACGUCACCAUCGCCACCGUGGUGUCAGACGCGGCGCUGUUCCGGGACCGGGCCGAGGCGCUGCUGGCCAAACACGCCGCGGCCUUCGAGAAGCUGUGCGCCGCCCAGUACUUCUGCGAGGUGGUGGACCGCGCCUCCUACGGCCUGAUCGACUGCAUGGAGAACUACGCCACCCUGCACGGCGCCACCCUGGUCGUCAUGGGCUCCAACUCCCUCACCUCCGGCGUCACAUCCUCCUCCGUCGCCGCCUCUCUCAGCGUUAACCCCAGCGCCGGAGGCGCUGGCGGUAGCGGCGGAGCCGGGGGUGCGAGCGGCGCUGCCGCCGGAGGCGGCAGCAGCGGCGGCUCCGCCGCCGCACGGGCGCAGCCCGCGGCGGCCGCCGCCGCCGCCAACGCCGCGUCGCUGAUCCACAUUGUUGGCAGCGUGACGCUGGCGCUGCUGCGGCGCAUGCCGGUGCCGCUGCUGCUGGUGACGCGCUCGUCGCACUCGAACGCGGCGGCGGCAGCCACGGCGGCGACAGCGGAGAAGGAGGGCCGGCGGCGGCCGCUCAAGAUGAUGGCGGUGCUGGAGGGGCAGGCCAAGGGACUGGUGGACUACCUGGCGGGCAAGCUGAUCCACAACACGGGCGGCGACCAGCUGUUCCUGUCCUACAUCCGCACCACCGCCAACCUCACGCGCCAGCAGCAGGCCAACGUCAAGGCGCUGGUGUCGCGGUACCUGCACCAGGUCGCGACCCAAGGCAUGCGCCCCACCCAGACGCUGCUGCUGGACGCACCCAUGGACCGCGCGCUGGCGGGCGCCGUGUCCGAGCACGGCAUCGACAUCCUGGCGCUGCCGGCCGGCCCGCGCAACAGCCAGGUGCCGCCGCAGGUGGUGGCCACACUGCGCAGCGCCGGCUGCGCCGUGCUGUGGCACCGCGACGCCACCAGCGGCGCGCUGACCAAGUGAGGUGGCGCGCAGGUGUGUGCGUGUGGCGGGUGCGUGCGUUUGUGGCAGGCAGGCAUGGUGGGAGGAGUGUGGAGGAGGACGUGCCGGGAUUGCCGUUUGGUGCUGGCUGCACGGUGCAUUCGUAAAACACAAGGAGGGAGGUUACGGUGUGUGAACGCGGGUGUACACUGGAAGAUUGGCGAAUGGGGCCAUACUGGUAACUGGACAAGGUGCAUAGUGUUUGUGCAGAUGCAGGUUGGGAAGUGUUUGAACAUAGUAAGCGACACUGUACAGCAACGACCUUUGAUUGACUAGCUAUUGUAUACGUCACCAUGUGAUUGACGUGCGUUAAGCAUUUCCGAGCUGGACGGAGUUCCAGCUGCAUGCUUCAUCCCAUGGGGCAGUUGUUCACACUGGGCCUAUGUGCACAACACCGCGUUGAUAUGACAGUUGCGCAAUGGCGUAGUGGGGUGGUGAUGCAAGGUUUGUAGCUUCUGGGCGGCCGCACGGCGUGUGUGGUGCUGUGAGGGCUGGUGCCGCACGACGGCAAAGUAGCGGCUGACAGCUUACAUGCACUGCGAAGCUGUGUGCGCAGUUCGCGUGGUGCUGACUUGUGCUAGGGCUACCGUAUGCAAGGCAGGCAUGCUUACGGACUCUGCAACCUUAAGAAUUUGACCGAUGCUACUAUCUCGGUGUUUGGAUGGGAGCUAGACGCGUGUUCCUUGUUUGGUGAUGACAUUCCGUGUUCAGUCAUUCUUUGCGAGGGACCGCAGGUGUUGCCCUUGCGCUAGCAGGUAAACUGGCACAGUGGCACACCCCAUCACAUCGCGCCACAUUACCACGUGCACGCGUGCGUGUGACUAAUAGACAAUCCGCAGCGUUCAAUACGAGUACGGACUAUGGAGGUUUGGCGGUUGGUAUAGCAUGAUCAGGCCGAUGACUGCACAUGCUUCUGGGCCGCUGGCGGUGCACGUCACACACACGUAAAGUUGCAUUGGGUGUCGAGUGAUUGAUGUGGCAACUUCGCAUCAUUUCUAAGAACGCUUAGAGUGCAUUGCACGGGAAGUAGGGGCUGCCCUUGGGCAGUGCCUUAGGUUGCUGCACAUGGGACAGGUCUCUUGAGCUGGCAUGCGGUCCUGGUCUUUAUAGUUUAUACUCCUUGCAAAGCAGCCAGGUGCAACUGGUCGGGCUUCAGAGGCACGCCAUGCCGCGCCGCAGUGACGUUGGUGGCCGGCUGAGGAGCAUGCUUUUGCGUGCCUGUGGAAGAUGUAGUACUCCCCUUCCCCGUUUGAGCUAGGGAACAUCAAAACCCUUCUGAAAUGCAGCCUGGUGGCGGCGGGCGACUGAGUGAUGUAAAGCACAGCAGCUGACGAACAAUUCCCGAGGAUGGAAGUUGGCAUGACAUGAGAGGCCUUCGCUCAACCAUCCCGCGUAACGCAAAUUACUGGCUCCCCAAUCUCGACAGAGUCACGCAACAUGCAUAUUA